AUGUUCAAGACGGUGCGCGCCCAACAUGGCGCUGGUGACCUGGUGGCCGAGCUCGAGUACACGAUAUUACCGCAGACAGAUGACCGUUCGCCGUCCGCGUCGAGCGGCGAGGAAGAACCACCGCCGUGCGGAGCGGCGACCGCGUGCCAUCGGACCCAUCUGCACCACCAAAACCAUCACCACCACCAACUACAACAACAGCAGCAGCAAAAACCACAACAACAACACCACUACCAGUACCGGUACCACCAACACAGCAGGGACGCGUCUCCACAGACUCAGCCACACCACCAUCACCACCAUCACCACCGCAGGUCAUCGUCCUCGUCGUCCUCUUCGGCGACGGCCGACGACAGCGUCGGCGGUGGUGGUGGUGCCGGCACCCGGCGCACUGUUGUCGUCAUCAUAGCCAUGCUGGUGCUCGGCUGCGGCGUCGUGGCGGCCGCCGUGUUGGUGCCAAUACUGUUGGCCGCCCGACUGGUAACCGUGCCCGCCUCGGCCCGGUUACAGACGUUUGCUGUGGCAGCGUCUGGCAUCAUUCACUCGGCGCGAGGCGACUACGUGCAACUGCUGCCGGUCAAGCACGCGCCACCCGGUACGGUCAUCAAUUUCGGACCACCGCCGCCCCCGCCGCCGCCGUCCACGGGCCGCAGGCGGAAGAGACGAUCGGCCGUGGCCGCGGUGGUCAGACGGCGACGGAGGCGGCCGGUCGCUGAAGUCCGACACCGGAAACCGGUCCGGACUGACAACGGCUUCCGGUCAUUGGACUUUCGGAUUAGUCAAUAG